AUGGAGCACCGCGCCCGUUCCGCCCUCCGCCGCUUCGCCGCACUAACUCUCGCCGCCGGCCUCGUCGCGCUGGCCGUGCUCGUCGCGCCGACCACCGCCGGCGAUGCGUAUCUCCCUCCGUACUUCGGCGCGCCGAGCGGCACGGGCAUUUACUUGUUCCGCCCGGGAGAGGCGGAAGACGAGUCAUCGUUCAAAGUCCUCAUAUACGACGAGCCGUCUUCGAUCGGGAAUGGCCAAGCUCUGUGCGCCAGCGUGCCGCAAGCUGGGAAUCGGUUCGCCAAGGGUGGGGUGGUGAGGGUGCGGUGGGACACGUCGAUUGGGUUUCUCGACAUGACGUGCAAGCGACUCACCUUCUUCCAGACCCCGCGCUGCAGGGGGCGCCCCUACCUGGCGCUCAUGCGCCCCGACAAGCGCGGCGGGCGGAUGAGCGACGACGAGAUGCAAGCCAUGCUCACACGCAGGGUUCUCCCUCCUGCCCAAGUGCCCAAGUCGGUCAAAUGCGAGUUCGGCUGCGACGCUAAGUGCGGGAAGGUGGCGGUGUGCCUUAAGAGGAAUGGCAAGCCCCAGUGCGUGUGCCCUGGCGACGGCAUCUACAAUGCCGCUGACAAGACAUGCAAAG